AUGGGGCUGGGCAUUGUGUCCCAAUUGAUCCUGUUUGCGGUUAUACAAUUACACAGCUAUGUCAUAGGCUCCGCGCCUCAGGAGGUCCUCCAGGACCAUGCCCUCCUGACUAAUGGUUGCAUAGAAUUCACAGGUAGCUGGAGUGUGCUCGGACCGUUCAGGAUUGGAACGCGAGAAGCAAUAUGGGGUGCCGAUCCGGUAGAGCAAUAUGGAGGCGUCAGGCAACUCGAUGACAAUGAUGCGACAUCUUACCAUAGUCCACUUGCCAGAAACGCGACAGUACAAUGGGAUAGCCGAUCUUUCUCACCUGCUGCUUCAGAAACCGCAACCUCAGUCGAACUGGUCGUCGAAUUUCUAGAUAUCGACUGGGUGUUUGCCCAGAAAAUCUAUGGGUGGUCCGCAUUCCAAUACCAGGCGUGGCUGAGAGGCGGUAUCUGGAACCAUGACAACAUCCAUCGCAGAGUGGCUCUGUACCCAGCAGGCAUCCUUGAACUUUGGAUCGGCGACAUUCACGUCUUUGGAGGCGACUUCUAUACGUUUGGCAACGCUCCGCUGGUGGUCGAUCUCCAUCCUGGCCUGAACAUGCUGAAUGUCCGCCUUGUACGUGACGUCCGGUCAAUGGGCGGCUCGUUCCCACCAAAAUGCCAUGCCAUACUUCGAGCCGAGGUCGCUGCUGAACCUAUCGAGGUCGUCCAUGACAGCAUUUUGCUACCAGACGUAGUAAGAGACCAAUUCGUGACCCGAUAUGCUAGCGUGGUGGUCAGAAGCCAAGCCAAUUCCUGGAUCAACAUUAGUGGAAUAUUUGUCAAUUUCAGUGGCAAGCAACUUGCCGUAAUGGACCGAUGGGUCUUACUUGCUCCAGGUCAAUCACGUCCCCUGAAAAUGGAGUUCGACUUUCCAAGGGUGUUGACGAAAACCAUAACAUUUACCCUCAACUAUGCACUCGCUGGGCAGCGCCUACACAGCAUAGCAUUCGAGGCUCAGUUGAGUCAUACUGACCCGUCAUCUCUGCAGAAGAUGACGUUUCUUCAUACAAGUGGUGCCGUAUCCUAUGCAACAUUGAGACCUCCGCCCAUGGGCCUUUCGAUUGAGCGAAACAUGCCAGUGCUGUUGAAUCUUCAUGGUGCAGGAGUAGAUGCGGAUGGCGAUCUGGCGCGGCACAUGUUUGAUGAUACGCCUGAACUCCCGGCAUGGAUUCUUACUCCAACAGGGAUGACUCCAUGGAGCGGUGACGAUUGGCACACAUGGGGUUUUGCGGACGCUCAAGCUGCAGUAUCUGCCAUCCCAAACUGGAUCAACUCGACGGGUUGGGAAGGACCAGGUCUUUAUUCUGACAAAACCUUGGUUGUAGGUCAUUCAAAUGGUGGACAAGGUACCUGGUACUUCGCUUCGCAUCAGCCAGAUCGUGUCCUUGGUGCCGCAGCGGCUUCCGGAUAUUCGUCUAUCGAAAACUAUGUCCCAUACUUGUACUGGAAUGAGGCAGAUCCACUUCAGAGUGCCGUCCUCAACAUUGCAAGGAGCAACUAUCGUCAUGAGCUGCUGGCGAAAAACUUUGUGGGUUUACCUAUUUUUCAACAGCAUGGCUCUGCAGAUGAUAACGUUCCAACUUAUCAUUCUCGCUUGAUGAACACGUUGCUAGCUGAGGCUGGUAAUGCAGCCGAGUACGCUGAAAUGCUCGACAGAGGCCACUGGACUGACGGAACGAUGACCACUCCUUCAAUGAUAGACUUCUACUCGAGCCAUCUGGAGGUUUCAGAUGAUAAAUUGAGUGUGCCGGAUGAAUUUGUGUUCAUUGUGCCGAAUUCGGAUGAUGUCGGUUCCAGGUAUAGCAUUGUCGUCGAUCAACUGCUCUCCCCGGACAGGUUAGGGCAUAUCAAGGUCUGCGUAAUGCGGAACGGGUCUGCCACUCGUUGGCACUUGAGAACGCAUAACAUACGUCGCUUACGUUUUGACCCAACUAUCCAGAUUCGCCAUCGACCUGAAGAAGUUCUGCUUGAUGAUGUGCCCCAUGUCUUCGAUGUUCGACAUCCGACAAAUUUGAGGUCACUCGUACUCAUGGACUCCGACACAUGGACAUGGGAUGUGUCUCUCGACUGGAGGAAUUUGAACCAGCGAUAUGGUCGCCAAAGAGGUGCUCUAGACUCAAUCCUCCGAAGUGUGGCCGCCUUUGAGAUUGUGUAUUGUUCCAACGAAAGCCUUCCUCUCGCAGUGCAGGCAAGUCGGAAUCUUUUGCAGUAUUUUGGAGCCGAUUCGAACAUUGGCUCUCGGGAUGCAUACAAAGAUGCACUGUCAAGAGACGGCAAUAUCAUCACCAUCAGUCUCAGCAAAUCAUUACCGUCAGCUCAAUUCCCUUUGUUCCCAAUUCAGGUGGAGGAGGACAGGUUGCUGUUGAUGACAAAACGCUCCCAGUCCAUCUCCAUUCCCCUAAAACCAGGGAUGGGCGGAGUGUGGUUACGUCCUCUUCCUGAUGAACGACUAGAACUUGUUGUCUGGGGCUGUGACAACAUUGGUCUGCAACAGGCGGCAAGGCUAAUCCCCACAUUGACCGGAGCUGGACAGCCAGACUUUGUCAUAUUGGACAAUGAAGCAAGAUGGAAGGGUCAUGGAGGUGCUAUCGCCAUGGGAUUUUUUGACUUCAAUUGGAGAAUCUCCUCUGCUUCUUACCUUCCAUAG